CCAUAGAGACAGCGCCGGAGCAAGUGAGAGCCGGAUGGGCCCUGGGCGACUUUGUGCCUCACUGAGGAAAAAUAACUAAACAUGGGCAAAGGAGAUCCUAAGAAGCCGAGAGGCAAAAUGUCAUCAUAUGCAUUCUUUGUGCAAACUUGUCGGGAGGAGCCCAAGAAGAAGCACCCAGGUGCUUCAGUCAACUUCUCAGAGUUUUCUAAGAAGUGCUCAGAGAGGUGGAAGACCAUGUCUGCUAAAGAGAAAGGAAAAUUUGAAGAUACGGCAAAGGCAGACAAGGCCUGUUAUGAAAGGGAAAUGAAAACCUACAUCCCUCCUAAAGGAGAAACAAAAAAGAAGUUCAAGGAUCCCAAUGCACCCAAGAGGCCUCCUUUGGCCUUUUUCUUCUUGUUCUGUUUUGAGUAUUGCCCCAAAAUCAAAGGAGAACAUCCUGGCCUUUCCAUUGGUGAUGUUGCAAAGAAGCUGGGGGAGAUGCGGAAUAACACUGCUGCGGAUGACAAGCAGCCUGAUGAAAAGGAGGCUGCAAAGCUGAAGGAAAAAUACGAAAAGGAUAUUGCUGCAGACCGAGCUAAAGGAAAGCCUGAUGCAAUGAAAAAAGGAAUCGUCAAGGCUGAAAAAAGCAAGAAAAAGAAGGAAGAGGAGGAAGAUAAGGAAGGCAAAGAGGAUGAAGAGGAGGAGGAAGGUGAUGAAGAAGAAGAUGAUGGAUAAGUUGGUUCUAGACCAGUUUUUU